AUUUAAGAUGAAACUCUUUUUCUUGCAUUAACUUGUUCAUUCCUUGUUCAGUUGUUACCUCUAAAUAUGCACUUUGCUGUCUAAAAGCUUUCACUUUGCUCAACUGCCUCCUCGCGCGCUUCAAAGGGCUGAAUCAUCCUUUCAGGGGGGAGCUCACCGUCAACCUGCUCGUCCUUUUACGCAGAAGCGAACCUCCUCCUCGUUCAGGGGUGAGAGGCUCCUCAGGAGCACCUCGGCGCUGUUCACGUGCGUCCUUUAACAUCCCCGCGCGUCCUCCAGCUGGAGACAGUCAGAGCGCGCGGCACACCGCGAGCGCAUCGGAGCUCUGUCCACGUUUUUUUUCCCCCACCUCCGUUUUCUCUCUGUUCCAGUACGCAACUCAUUAUGGGAUUCUUGAGAGGAACAUUUAAAGUGUCCAGAGUUUUUUUUUCUUUUUCUUUUUCGAAUCAACUGAAACUAACUUGGUGGACAUUUAAAGAUGAAGACAAACCUGCAGUAAUGAGACACUUUCACGCAUAAAGAAGUGGCGCAUUUCGUGGAAAAAAAAUACAGAUAGGAUGUCAUAAUCAACGUCAGACUGGCGGAGACUGCAGCAUCAUGGACCCCUGGAGUUUCCCAUCCCCCCCUCCGAACUUAUCAGAGCACUACAUGUACGACAGCUUCAUGCAGGGAAACGAGUCCGGCGUCGGCGGGAACCACACGGACAGCUUCACCAGAACCAGCACGGUGGUCAUCACCUGCAUGUACUUCCUGGUUUGUGCGGUGGGCCUUUGCGGAAACGCGCUCGUCAUCUACGUCGUCCUGCGCUACGCCAAGAUGAAGACGGUCACCAACAUCUACAUCCUCAAUCUGGCGGUGGCAGACGUGCUCUUUAUGCUCGGCCUGCCAUUCAUCGCCAUCCAGCUGGCGCUGGUCCACUGGCCCUUUGGCCUCGUGCUCUGCAGGGUCGUGAUGACUGUGGACUCCCUGAACCAGUUCACCUCCAUCUUCUGCCUGAUGGUGAUGAGCAUUGACCGCUACCUGGCGGUGGUGCAUCCCAUUAAAUCCACAAAGUGGCGAAAGCCUCGCAUCGCCAAGACUAUUAAUGUGGCGGUGUGGGGGGUGUCGCUGCUGGUUAACCUGCCCAUUGUGAUCUACAGCGGGGUGAUCACGAAGCCCAACGGCUGCUUCUGCACCAUCGUGUGGCCCGAGCCUCAAGAAGCUUACUACACAGCGUUUAUGUUCUACACCUUCAUCCUGGGCUUCUUCCUGCCCCUCAUGGUCAUCUGCCUGUGUUACCUGUUCAUCAUUAUCAAAGUGAAAUCCUCGGGCUUACGCGUGGGCUCCUCCAAGAGGAAACGCUCCGAAAGGAAGGUAACCAGGAUGGUGUCCAUCGUGGUGGCGGUGUUCGUUUUCUGCUGGCUGCCUUUCUACGUUUUCAACGUGACCUCCGUGACGGGCACCAUCAGCACGACGCCCAUUCUGAGGAGCACCUUUGCCUUCGUGGUGGUCCUCGGGUACGCCAACAGCUGCGCGAACCCCAUCCUUUACGCCUUCCUCUCGGAGAACUUCAAGAAGAGUUUCCAGAACGUUCUGUGCCUUAAGAAGGAGGUAGGGCUGGAUGAGGUGGAGCGCAGCGACAGCCGGCAGGACAAAUCUCGCAUGAUGAACGACCCCACGGAGACCCAGAGUACUUUGCUGAACGGCGACCUGCAGACCAGCAUCUAAGAUCUCACAAACACACAAGAAGAAGGUCAAAGAAGUUCCUCUUUAAUCAGUUUGCUAAGGACCCCAUGUUCCUUUUGUCAGGUUCCUCAGUUCCUCACGUAUCUGUAAUAAAAAAAAAACAUGGUUCAUACAAUUUUCUUCAGCUUGGUGCAAAUGAAAUGUGGUUGACACCUCUCAGUACUCUGUGUAAUAGACCUGAGGACAGAUAACAAACACCAACACCCACUUGCAAAGGGUCCCCAAGGAAACAUGGAUUUUUUUUUCCUGGAGACACCGGAUUAUAUAUGUUGUUUACAGCUGAGGGCCUGGGCCAAGUUUCCAUAUGUUUGUUCUGCUGAGUUUGAAAAUCACAGCAAAACAGAAUGUGCUUACAUCAUGUACAUAACCCACUGUUGCAGAAAGGGGCUUUAUCUACAAAUAACUGCACAAUAAAACAGCCAAAAUCAUGUUUGAAGUCAGACCUUUUGCCAUUUUCACUAAAUCAGGAUUAAAACCACCAGAAUGAGAGUCAGAGCUGUGGUGUCACAACCUAAAUGUGUUCAGCAAAUGACUACUUCAGGUUCGUGUCACAGUUUUCCUCACUGCGCUCUAGUUUCAUGCAUAAUUCAAGUUGCAGUUCGAUAACGACACAGGUGGUUCCAAAUGAAGUGAUGUACUAAAGACGUAUAAAAAGUGACAAAAAAUGUCCAGUUUUUAGUACCUUCGGUUCCUGUGGGGCAAUGUUUUGUGUCACUGUACAGUUUGCAGAUGUUAGUUACCUCAUUUUCAUGAAAAGUAGGAUUAUGUGACUCUAAAUUAUUUAAUAUGAAUCCCAAGAUGUGGCUUCAUGUUUUUUGUGUGUGUGUUUAUCCCAGCGCAUGAAACCUAAUCCGAUAAUGUUUCAGGAGUGACGGUGCUCAUCGUGGUCUACGCAACUGCCAAAAGAUGAAUUGUGUAUGAGAGGCCAUCACUGAUUUUUCGUGUAUUUAAGACAAUAUGUUGCUAAAAAAGAAAGAAAAAUAAGAUGAAGCCCCAAAGAUGUGAAAUGCUGAAAUGCUGUCUUCUUUUAUUAACCUGUUUUUUUUCCCUCUCCUGCUGCCUCAAGUUGCAAUUUUCUCACAACCUGCAGCAUUUCGGAGGCGACAGUCCGAGUUGAAGUUUUCUUAGACGCCAAGUGGCUGAGUGAUGUGAAUUUGCGAAGGGCUAGAACGCUCAUCCUCAAGAGAGGCUGCGGUGUUCCUUUAUCACCGUCACGGCGCUGCUCCGCAGUGGAGUCCACACUUCGCCCUGACAACAUGCGUGUCUCCCUGUCUGCUGCCAGAGUCAGAUUACUAUCUGAGUGAUUUAUUUACAUUACAUGUGGAGGCUUCCUCGCCAUCCAUCAAAGCAAGAGAACGGUUCGCAUGAAUUCACGAAGGAUUGUCGCUGUGUGCGCGUUGUGUUGGUGCACUUUUCCCAGCUGAUACAAAACACAAUAGACAGAUGCUGUCUGGAAACUGUUCAUAUGAUACCUAUCCACUCAGCCCACAUCUGUAUAAUCAGAUUACAUUUUCUAUCUUUGUAUUGAUGAAUUGGGUCGCUUUUGUUAAUGUUGAUAGAUACGGCUCAUCUGUUGUGUCCUACAUUUCUAUGGCAACAGUGACCAGUGUGUGUUAUUUGUACAGAAACGGUCCUUGCGAUAAGAGACAACUUCAGGCACUAAUUAUGCAUGCAGACAUUUCACAGAUGCCUGAAGAAAAGAAAAGAGAAAAAGAUAAACAUAGCACUACACUAGGACCAUGCAGUAGAAGCAAACAUUUGAAAAGCUGUUUUGUGUAUUCUAGUGUGGUCCAUAAUGUAAGCCAGUGUAUACCAGACACCAAGCAUUAUUGUAGCAAAAAUCACAAUAUUAUAAUUCAUAAGGUCUACUUUUAGCAACACUUGCUGUUUUUCACCUUGGUGCAUUGUGUAGCCAAUUUUCUUCUUGCCAUUUGUUUAAUCUGUUUUAGCUCAGUGCGGUUUCCAUUAAGUUGAACUGUUUCUGUACAAAGUUUGUAUCAUUGUAUUUGUCCCCUGGCUGUACCUCUUUAUGCUUAGUUUACAGCAGAAUAAAGGAGCGUCUGUGCACAUUUGUGUUGUAAUAAAUAACGUUUUCAUUUUUUUUUCUUUGUGAAACAUUUCCUCUUAAAAUGAAUUAAAUAUUCCAAUUAGGAGCCAAUUCAAAUACUGCAAAAACAAACUUUUAAUUAACAGUGAGAACUUUACAUCAAUUUAAAGUUUGAAUUUCCACAUCUCCAUCAAAAUAAUUAAAUGUGUAAAAAUCACAAUUAAAAUACAAGAUGGAGUCCCAUCAGAUAUUUUCUGGUAAUAUAGUGCCUUUUUUAUUUUAGAAAUACGCAGCAUUUCAGAAGAGUGUGGGGAAAAAUGAAUGUAAAGCUGUUUCAUAUAAAGAAUAGCAUUUUUAAGUUUAUUUUUUCACUCUGGAAUGUUUUAUGCCUCAACAGGAGUUUUUAACUAGUAUUUUUUUUUGUCUGUGUUGUGCUUCUAAAAGUGGCCACAAAGUGGCGCCAUCAUCAUGUGUAUAAGGUGCUCAAAGCUCACACACACAAUCUUUUACAUCUAUACAACUGAAUGUCUUUUUAUUCAGUCCACGAAGUCUUGACAGUUUUAUUUCAUAUAUAUAUUUCCUUUUCUUGCCCUACCAUGAGAAUACCUCGGCAGUAAUGCAGGAGAUAUAUAUCUGACAUGUUUAUUAAAAAAAUAAUAAACUGACAGGUUUGGCUCAGAUGCACUACAGCGCUUCACCUCUCGGUCUAGUCUUAGCGCAGAGGAAAGAUGAGAAAAAAAAAAAAAAAAACAGCACACCACAUAGACAUUCCAGUUUCGGUGAGAGUUUAAUAACUGAAA